AUGUCUCCUAUUCUCGCUCUUACAGGCCUGAUCGCCAUCGCCGCGGCCCAGCAGAUUGGCAAGACUCCUGAAGUCCAUCCAAAGCUGCCAACCCAGCUCUGCACUACCCACCAUGGAUGUGUGACUCAGCAGACAUCGGUUGUGCUCGACGCUCUCACCCACCAAAUCGAGGACAUCAAGACUGGCGCUUCUUGCCAGAACUCGUCUGGCUUCCCCGACCAGACCAUCUGCCCCAAUGCUCAGGCUUGUGCUAAGAACUGUGCUAUCGAGGGCAUCAGCAACUACGCCCAGCAUGGCGUUAUGGUCAACGGAAACUCCAUGACUCUCCAUCAGUACUUGAACAUCAACGGUACUGAGACAAGCGUCUCUCCGCGUGUGUACCUUCUGGCUCCAGGAGGCGAGAACUAUGACCUCUUGAAGCUUCUCAAUCAGGAGUUCACCUUUACCGUGGAUGUCAGCAACCUUCCAUGCGGCAUGAAUGGCGCACUCUACCUCUCCGAGAUGUCCGCCACUGGUGGCCGCUCGGCUCUGAACCCUGCUGGUGCGGCUUACGGUACCGGCUACUGCGAUGCUCAAUGUCCGAAAUCCGCCUGGAUCAAUGGCGUAGCCAAUAUCAACGACAACGGCGCCUGCUGCAACGAAAUGGACAUCUGGGAGGCCAAUGGAGUGUCGACACAAUUCACCCCUCAUGCCUGCAAUGUCACUGGCUUGUAUGAAUGCUCUGGCGCCGCCUGUGGUAGCAGCGGUGUCUGUGAUGAGUCAGGCUGCGGAUACAAUUCCUACGCUUAUGGCAACAAGACCUUCUACGGGGAAGGCGACGUCGUCAACACACAACAUCCCUUCACAGUGGUAACAGCCUUCCACACCGACGACAACACCGCCACCGGCACCCUCACCAACAUCACACGCCUGUACAUCCAAAACAACAAGAUCAUCCAAAAUGCCGUUGUCCAAGUCGCAGGCAUGCCCGUCAACUCUAUCGAAAACUCCUUCUGCGAAGUCGUGGCUUCAUCCUUCCAACAACGUGGCGGACUUGCUCAAAUGGGAGAGGCGAUUGGACGUGGUAUGGUGCUUGCCAUGUCCAUCUGGAACGACCCUGGCGCUUUUAUGAACUGGUUGGAUAGUGGUAAUGCAGGUCCUUGCAAUGCUACGCAAGGAAAUCCUGCUCUGAUUGAGGCUAAUGACCCGACUACGAGUGUUACUUUCAGUAACAUCAAGAUCGGAGAUAUCGGAUCGACGUACAGUGUUGGUCAUUGA